GUUUGCGGAAGUGGUAAAGCAGUCUCCACGCUGCCAGUCAAGCAUACGGCUUUGGUAAAAAAAAGAGGUUCUUCACUCACAUUAAACUGACCAGAUCUAACGUUAGUAGGUGUUCAUGAUCAACCUGGAUUUACUUUAACAAGAGAAUAGUUGCAGAAAUAUUGUUUACUGACCUUUUUAUUCACGUGUUGCCCGCAUUGGUUCAAUGCUCGCUACUGUCUGUAUUUACACGUGCGUUUGCUUUGGUCUUGUUGUCUUUUCAGAGUUGACAUUAAAUGGUCUGGAUGAAGACAUGAACCCACCGAAGCGGCUCCGGACUACAGAGGAUGAAGCUGAAACACCACCUGGAGGGCGGGUAGAGGGGAGGAGUGCUGUGGACGUGGUUGGUGGUGAUAGACUCAUUCAAAGCUACCAUUGAUUUGCUUCCCUUGAAGGGAAUGUACAGGCAGCGAGAUGCUUUGGACUCUCUUAAUGGGACUGUUUCAGUUCAGUAAAGCUACUCUCACCCUUCAUAAUGAGCUAAGGCACAUAAGAACGUGAGGGUGUUUGGCAAAAUAUGCAUAGGGGAGAGUGGGGUAAGAUGAGCCAUCUUUUAUAUUUCGGAUCACUACAUCAAGUCAAUCAUAGUUUUGUCUCUAACUCGUGUAUCUGCAUAUAUUACAAGAUAUUGUGCAUCCCUGCAAACCAACAGAAUGAGUGUAAACAUAACUGUCUUGAUAAUAUAGCAUGCCAAAAAAAAGUGGUCUCCUAUGAUCAACUUACCCCGUGUAUGGGGUAAGUUGACCACGGAAGCGGGGUAAGUUGAGCAGUAUCCCUCCUAUCCCCCCACUCUCCACCCCAGCCCUCCCUCACCUUCUUUCUCCCUAAAAAACAGUCACUUCUUCACGUUCAUGUGUGUUUUUUAUUCUUUUUAUUAUUAUUGCAUAUAACUGUUGAAAAGCUGUUUUGUAAAAAGCCAUUUUAACAUGAGAAUGCUUUUAAGUCACAGGUGUCAAACUCAAGGCCUGGGGGCCAAAUCUGGCCCGUGGAACAAUCGUAUCUGGCCCACAAGAUCAUGUCAUUUUUGUAUAAUUAUUGGCCCACCAGUAUGAAGUCUGCAGAUUUCCUCCAGUAUAAUAAUGCAAACUUUGGCACCAUUAUUUAAAAUGUCCUGAAUAAACCACAAAAUCUGGGAAAUUAAAGAGUAAGAAAGAUUUGAUAAAUAGUCAAGAAUGUGGGGGAAAAAAUAUUCGGUGUUCUAUUUCAUAUUUUCAAUUGUGCAUUUCAAGAUUACAAGCCAAACAUGAUUGAAUUUUUUUAUUUCAUGCUUUGAUUUUGUUCAACUCAGUAUUAUGACUUGUGUCAUUUUCAUACUUUAGAUUCCAAUUUUAAAUUUUAAGUCACAUUUUGACACUUUAAUCCUGAUUUCAACAUUCUUCUCAUGUAUUUGCUAUUUAAAAGCAUUAUUUUUCUAUUUUUAAAAUCAUGCUCUGAUCUUUUGAACUCAUAGAUUAAAAUAGAAUAAAAAAAUUAAAAAAAAUCUAUCUUAGAUUGCCUUUAAAUGUAUCUUUUUUUUAUCUUUUUUGAAUUUCCAAAGGAUUUGUAAUCAUUGCUGUUUUUGUUACAUAUUUUUUGAAAAGGAGUUUGACAGUUUUGGGGAAAUGUUGACCUUGUUUGGCCCUCAGAUUAGACCUAAAUCCAGAUUAUUGCUCUUGCUGUGGUUGAGUUUGACACCCCUGCUUUAAGUGAUUCAGAACAUUCACAGCUUUAUUUUUGAAAAGAACAAGUAACACAUUUCAACAAUCUGAACUGAAACUCUGAUCCUCUCAUCAGACUCCUUUACUUUCCCAUUUAAGCCACUGACUCAACUUACCCCAGAACUACUAUUAUGACUUUAUUAGUCCUCUAAGCUGAAAUGGUGGACUUUUAUGCCAGGUUUUUUACCUCAUGUUGUAGCUCAUAGAUACAACAUUUGAUGUAUAAAACAAAUGUAAAAUGACCUUUUUUGGUCUGAACACAAUUCUAAUAAAACUUUUGACGGACUAAAUUCACUUUCAAGAGUGAAAAAUGUUUUUUGGAAAUAAAUGUCUAACCCCUUCACGUAUGUGCUUCUGACCUUCACAGACUCUAUGAAUUGAUGUCCAUCUCCUAAAUAUUUGGUCACAUGAUCAAUUUCUUUUACCAUUUCCAAGCAACAGGGGCUGGCUCAACUUACCCUUUGGCUCAAUUUACCCCACUCUUCCUUAUUGUUGAAAAUUUGAUGACCUGUAUUUCAGUGUUAUCAGAAAUCUGUAAGUCCAGCAGUAAGAUCUCUUUGUUUGUGUUUUGUGUCCUCAGAGUAUCGUUAUACCGGUGUACAAUGCAUCCUGUUGGUUGGAUGAAUGUCUGCAGGCCGUCACUAACCAAGACUUCACUGGUACCAUGGAGCUGUCUAUCUUUGAUGAUGCAAGUACUGUAAGUUUUGGUUGUUUGUUUGUUUGCUCAAUUUAUGUAUGCUUUCCACUACUUGUCAAGCAUAAAUCCUCAGAUUUCAUUUACACUCAGAUUUCCUCUCUGUGUCUUGUAGGAUGACUCCAGGAAAGUGGUGGAGGGUUGGAGGGAGAGGCUGGAGGAGAGGGGAAUCUCAUUUGUGAUCUCAGGUCACAACUCUGCUCAACCUAGAGGAGGUGAGUAGACCUUUAGGUUUCCGAUCAGCAACUCUUAUAAAACUUUGGCCUCAACAAGAUAUGUAUAUAAGCCAAAAGGCAAUGUUAAUGAAUACACAAACAAAAACCUUUUCUUGCAACUUGAACAUCGUGUUUAUUCCUCACAAAAAAGUCAUGGUGCAGUUACUGGCUUUUUGUCACACUUUCAUCAGUUGUGAGUAAUGAGAUAUAUCUUUUUGUGAGAUAUCAACACUGUUAGCUCAGAGCCCUCACAUUUUGAUGUGAUGAUAAUAAGCAGCAGGUGUUAUCUCAAUCAGGGCCAUUGCUAACAAUUCAGGGCCCCAUAAAAAAUAUUUCCCAUUUGCACAGCCUAAGCCAGCCCAGCACAAAUAUUAAAGCAUACCUCUUUUAUGCAAACAAACCAAUUCAAGCUUCAAGUAACAAUAACUUUGAUAUACAAUCUCAAAAUCAUGUAUAAGCAAUCAAAGAGUAGAUUUAAUAUUACCCCAGCAAGAUCUAUAUGGCUUCCCCACUAUAUAUUUUGGUUUCUGGCUAUGUCUGAUCUUUCUUCAUCUCUUUUUGCCAGUCUGCAAACAACUGUAUCUCUGUGUUGAACUGGAAGAAUCUCUGAUGAUAGACCUGGGUCCCCUGGCAAAAUCUCCUCCUCCUGCAUCUGCUAACACAUCCGCUCCCCCUCUAUCUGCGCCAAAGGCUGAACCCUCUACAAGCCUGAAGCAAACAUGAUGCAUACUAACAGUUUGCUCUGCUUUAGACCCCACAUACAGUAAAACUAAUGAGUAAUUGAUGUUAAUGUUUUUUUGAGCUCCUUUCUGACAUCUUUUACCUACCUAAUAUGGACAAUUCUGGCCCACAAGGCCACCCUGGAUUUUGGAUGCUUUGUGGCUUGCUGAAUAAUAACUAACAUGCCUUACUUAAUUGCUCAAAGUAAAACAAACAAACUGUUUUCCAGUUCCCCUUUAGACAAUGACUUUAAAAUUGGAAUCAUUCUCCUCACUUCAUAAUAUACAUUAUUACUUUUAAGACUGCAAAAAAAAUGGUGCUCUUAAUUCGAGUUCUCAGAGUUGUAUGGCUUUAUGUAGCGCUGGAUGGGGUCAAAGGUUAAAAAAAAAAAAACGGAAACUGUCUUUUGUUCUUAACCACUAGUGAUAUCUGGUUGCCCCAGAGGUUGGCCACAGGAGCAGUUGAAUUUUUAUGUUGAAAUGCUUUAAAUUCAUGUCUCUUUUAACCUUGAAAAUUCUGGAUCAGGGUUAUUUUUAUGCUUUAUUUCAAACAAGCACAGUGUAAAUAAAGCAUUGUUAUUAGUUAUUUUCAGAAAAGACUGGCUAGUCACACACCGCCAUCAGCUGAACGUCAGAGAAAACCAGAUGUUAAUCUUAAGAUCAGCAAGCGUAAAGUCGUGUUUUGUACAGUCACAAAUGUCAUGAUUCUCUGUGUCUAUUAUAACAUCUCAUUUUUUCUUGCAUCAAUAUCACAGUUUUUCUUUCACAUUCAAGGGACUUGCAUGUCUUAAUCUGCUGCGAUUUUUGUUGCCAUCUUAAAAAUUCAUGUAUUUUCAAUGUCUAACGGCAGAAUAGCAAACUCUUGGGCAAAUGGAAAUAGUCAGUGGGCGAGAUCGUAAGCAAAAGUGAGACCACAUACACAAAAAGCCAUUCACACAUAAACAUCCUCCACUCUCUGUCUUUCAGUGGGAUAUGCAAAGAAUAAGGCAAUAUCACAGAGCUGCGGACGAUUCUUGUGCUUUCAGGAUGCGGUGAGUGUGUGUUCUCAUUUCUUUGAGUUUUUCAAAACUCGUACUGUAGUGAGUCAAUGCAAAUGAAAUCAUUCUGCUUUGUCUGAGGGUACAGGCUGUAUAUGGACACCCACACACACACAGAGUCAGCUGCUGGGUAACUGUUGGACAGAUCUGUCAGGACACAUGACUAAUGAGUUCAGAGCAGUGUUUGAUGUACAUGCCUUGUGUGUGUGUGUGUGUGUGUGUGUGUGUGUGUGUUCACAGAAGUGGCAGCUUAGCCUUUCAAACAAGGGGACAUGCUGUUUUUCCUGAAUGUGUGAUGUCUUUUUAUGUCUUGAGUGUUGACCUUUAAACAGUGUGUAUCGUGUGUCAGAGGAUCUUUUCUGCUAACACGCUGUUUUCAACAGAAGAGGACUUGAUGACAUUGAGAUUGCUUUUUUAGAAAACGCUUAACUUCCUUCUGUGUUCUCGUGUUUGUUUCUCUCCUUACUUCUCAAAACUGUUCAUAUCCCAGUGCUGUUUUCCAAGAAAUCUAAGAGUCAGGGAGGAAACUGAAGGCAGGCUGUGACCGAAUGAAAUUAGCCCUGAUACUUCUUUUUAACUUGCAAAAUCAAACAAGCCCAUAAAGUAAAAAAAAUGUGUAUUUCUAUAAUGUUACUGUAGUUGUACUUUUUUCCUUUCUUUUCAGCUGUCUUUUGUCUCAUACAGUCCAGCAAGAUAAUGUUUUUCACCAUGUUUGGUGAAAUUUUGAUGAUAUCACAACUCUUGCUCUCUCAUCACUGAAUUUAUUAGUUUGUACUUUUAUGUCAGAGAUAUUAUUAAUACUUUGGUUGGGAAUUGUGCUUCAUUUCUGUUAUACCCAGUUUGUGCAGCUGCUGUUUCUCUUAUAGUCAUCUUUGAAUUAUUAUGCUAGGUUAUUAGGUAUCUAUUUAGCUUACUUUUAUCAAGCUAGAUAAACACCUAAACGUACAAAUGUGUUGAUACACAGAUUUAAGUUAGCCACUUCCAGGUAUGAAACAAAUCUACUUGUUGAGUUCACAUUAUUUAGAUUACACUUUUAAAAAAUGGGACUGACCUCCAAUAAAAAAAUUAAAUCUUUUUGAACAAACUUCUGUUAACAAGUUUGUUUUAAAUAGCAUUUGAGGAAGAUCAUUUUUAUGCAAAGUUAGUUGAAAGUUUUUCAAAAUAAAAGAAAAAAUGAGGGCACGGCACACAAGUACAAUCUUUAAGGUUGUAAAGUUUUUUUUUUAAUUAUUAACCUGAAAGGAACACAUUCAUCUGUGAUCUUAUGAAACUUAAUACCCACUGUUAGUUGGAUGUUGUAAAUUUAAAAAAAAAAUGUUUUUUGUGCUCCAGGAUGAUGUUAUGUUGCCCCAAAGAGUCCGUCUGCAGCAUGAGAUCUCUCUCCUCCACCCAAACUCUGUAAGUUCCCUUCAAGUAUGCGCUUACUCACUUCCUUCCCUCACUGUUACCCUUCACCACUUCUCCCUUCUGUAGCCCUCCCACCCCACCCCGAUCAUCAGGCCGACUCCCCUCUCACGAUCAAAAAUACUUGUGUUGUUUUUGUGAGCUGGCGUGUGGGGUUUUGCUUGUGGGUGUGUGUGCUUCCCUGCAGUUGGCACGCAAAACAGUGCAAGUAUCCGGUGUUGAUGCUUUCUGUGGCCUGCCAGGUCAGAGGUCAAAGGUUAUGUGUGUGAGGGAAGUGAGGGAGACAGCAUGGAGACAGCAGGCUUGCUGCCAUUCACAAACAGCCUGCCUCUCUCUGUUAUGGUUCAGAUAUACUAUAGCUCUGAGUGAAGGGGCUCUUUGCUUACCAUUAACCCCUUUCUCUUCGGCCAGUAAAAGAUGUGAUGAUUCAUUUUUGACCCAUGUAUUGGAAAUUCAUUUUUAUUUAAAACUGGCACUCAAACCAAAUGGUUAUUUCAUCAUUGUUUAUUCUGCUGACCCUUCAUAGAACAAUUUUUUUUUUUAAAUAGUUUUAUUUUAUAAUUUUUCAAAUAUGUGAAUAAAGAACAGGUGAGGACAAGAGUAGAUAUAAUGAGUACCUGUACACAGGUACAGCACAACAGGGCAGUCCAACAAUUUUAAAAACAACUGAGUUUCUUUUCAUUUGUGGCAAUCCCAUUUUUUUCCCAGUAUAUCCCCCCUUUUACCUUUUGAAUACACAAUGUCAAAGUCAUUUUCCCCAUUAUGCAAAUAGAGUUCAUAAUGUUUACAAGACGUUUCACAGUUGAUGGAUUCUUUUGAAACCAGCACUUGGUAAUUACUUGCAAACAUAAAUAGCUUCAAAAGAUCUGCAUCACUUCCACAGAGGCAAUCAGGAAUUUUUCCAAAGAAACAAAUAGGUGAAGAAAAGGUCAUAUGUUGCAUUUAAGAUUUUUAGAAUUAACUGCUUUUCACAGAAACUGUGACGAAAUUAGACAUCCAUAAAGUCUAAAAGUUGACAUGACCAAGAUAAAAUCUAAAAACUGCAAUGUUUUCAUGCUGACACCCAAAAAAAUGCACUAAAUGCUACUGCUCAACAAUCAAAAAAAUGCUUUUUUCCAGUCAAUAUUAAUGGUUGUCUGCUCUGUUGCAGGAUUAGUUUCAGAUCAGGUAUUCACAGCACACUGCAGUCACAGUCUUAGCUGUAUCAAAAACUCUGUGUGUAAAAAGAUAUGGUGCACACUCUGUCUACAGGAGGCACCCAAAUCAACACUACCGAAAUUUCCUCACAUGAGCUAUAAAGAGAUAUUCCGGCGUAAAAUUAGUUUAGGGUCAAACACACCAUAACACUGAGUUAGACACCCCCUCGAGAGAUGAAUGUUGCCCUUGUGUCUCCAGUUAUACCAACUUUAGUAACGACCGCAGGAUAGCAAUACACAGCGGGUCUGCGAAGCCAUAAACAAACUUUAACCAAAAAGCCACUCUAUAGCCACAAGUAAUGCUCAUCAACAAUGCUAACUUCAUCAACAGUACAUAUAGCGUCCCAGCCAUAGUACUAGCCGUCAAACAUCUUCUUAGCUUUGCUUGAUUUCUUUAGCAAAGAGAUCAAACACAGCUCACCCACUCUCUUCCAGCAGCCGCUUGUUUAUAGCGAGUCCUCAGGGCAGUCCAUUACAGACUACAGCGGGGUGACGCAGCUUAAGGAAGAACAUUUAUGAUCAUUUCUUCAUGGAAAUGCAAUUAGACCGAGACGCUUAACCAGAAGAACUACCACAUCUGCAGUGCAAAAUUAUCAAUAUGGUGAUUAUUACUUCAAGGAAAUUAUAAAGAAAUUAUCAUAAAUGUUCUUCCUUGAGCUGUGUCACCCACAGCAGUCCAUAAUGGACUGUCCUGAGGUCUUGCUACAAACAAGCAGCUGCUAGAAGAGAGUAGGUGAGUUGUGUUUUGUCUCUUUGCUAAAGAAAUCAGGCAAAGCUAAAAAGAUGUUUGGUGGUUAGUACUAUGACUGGGACCCUAUAUGUACUGUUGAUGAAGUUAGGUGCUGUUCUGAGCAUUAUUUGUGGCUAUAGAGUGGCUUUUUGGUUGAGGUUUGCACAUAGAAACGUAGAUUGCUGUGUAUUGCUAUCUGUGGUCAUUACUAAAGUUGGUAUUACUAGAGAAGCAAGCAGUCUGCAACAUUUAUCUCUUGGGUGGGGGGGUCUAUCUCGGUGUUACGGUGUGUUUGAUCCUAAAUUAAUUUUACACCGAAAUAUCCCUUUCAGAUUUAAGCCUGAAUCAAAAGCUUGGUUAUAGAGACACUGCUGUUUUCAGGUUAUCUGUUAUCUGGUCUUUGCAGUCAACUCCAACCUCAGAAUACACAAAACUCUACAAAAGACAAUGCUAGACCAAAACAAGAGGGGGUUUUCAUUCUGCCUUUGUUUCUGUAUUUUUUUGUGAUAGCUGAUAGGCUGUAAAGUUCAGAGGAUACCCGAGGGGUCUACAGAGCGAUACACUCGCUGGAUCAACACAAUCACUCAGGAGCAGCUCAUCACACAGGUAUGUACACACUGCUGUGUUUUCUGUACUCAGACUGUGUGUGUUUCAGUGUUAGAGGUCAUGUGCCAGGCAGCAGGCAGGGCAGACAGAAACAGGAUAUGUACCUGCCGUCUGCAGUUUCCACGGAAAUGUGGCAGUGGACUGCACAGAGGGCGCAGCAUCACUGCGACCUCUGCGUUCAUGUCAGUCCCAGCAGAGGAAACAGCUCACACUGCCAGCUGUCUGCUGAGCAGAGUUUACAGGGGAAACUGUCGGCGAUGGAAAGUUCAUUACAGAGAGAAAAAACUACACUGAGCUUGCCGUGCACACGCCGCUGUUUUCCUCUAGUUCUAGUUCAUACCUUUCUAAAAACACAGUGUUUAUUCUCCUGUAUCGCUGUGUAAAAAUCACCAGACAUGACUGUCACUUACACAACAGUCUAGUGUUUUCAAACAAAUCCACCAGUGUGAUAUAAAGGCUUUGCAAAAACUGUGAAUGAAUCACAUUGUCUUCAACUUUAAAAGAAACACAACAGACCAAUACUACGGAGGGCAAGGAGGAAACAGUUUAGCAUCGCUGUGGCUCAGUGUUGAACAGUAGUCAACUUGACAUGUCUCAGUAAGAUAAGUACAGGUGUUAUUUAUAAUCAACUCUGGCCCUGAUCCACUGAAUUCUGUCAUUGUGUUAACACAAACUCCUCAAGGGCCCCGAAGCAAUCUAAUCAUUUCUUUUGCUGUUUCCAUGUUCUUUAUUACAGCGACAUGUUAUCCUGUUCUCUGUGACCUGCUGUAAAAGGAGCAGCUCAUCCCAAUGAUUAUCUCUUAAAGCUCUUGUGAGGAGUUUUUUAGAUGUUUAUAAAAUUAUGCUUUUUUAUGAUAUAUAUAUUAAAAAAAAACAUAAGAACUAAGGUUGACUAACACUUUUUCCUGAGUUUUGGUGCCUCAAACUGGUGUGAGGGUGAAGGUGUCAGCCAAGCAGCCAAAGAAACAGCCCUCUAUUAAAAUGUCCACAUAGAACAUUUACAGUAAACAAUACUUUUGACUGUCAAAGUAAGCAGGUUGAGAUUUUUGGUCAGAUGACAAUAUGUAAAGGGAUAUUCCGGUGUAAAAUUAAGUUAUGGUCAAACACACCGUAACACCGAGUUAGACACCCCCUCAAGAGAUGAAUGUUGUCGACUGCUUGCUUCUCAAGUUAUACCAACUUAAGUAACGAUCACACAAUAGCAAUAGCAACACAGAGGUUUAUGGCUCAACAUGCAAACCUCAACCAAAAAGCCACUCUAUUGCCACAAAUAAUGCUCAGAACAGCACAGAACUUCAUCAACAGUACAUAUAGGGUCCCAGUCAUAGCACCAGCCAUCAAACAUCUUUUUAGCUUUGCCCGGUUUCUUUAGCAAAGAGCCCAAACACAGCUCCGAAAUUAAGGUUAAAAUUCUGAAGCCUGUACAGUAUCUGAUAAAAGCAGAAAAUGUGAGAAAAACAAAGGACAACAUCAAUGAUGAUGAGGCUCCAACAGAACCAACAAACAGGAGCAUUACAAUGAAGAGACACAGACGUUCUUGGUUUGUGUGUAAACUAAAGUAGUUUUUCAACGGAUGUUUGUUGUGGAAAUCAGCCUUAUCUUCUGGUACAUUUUAUUUACUAUGGAAAUUUAGAUUUUUAUUAUAAUUUACAGAUAUUGGCGUGGUACAUAAAUCAGCAAGUGAAUAAGGGGAGUUCCUGCACUCAUUUAUUCUAUCUUUAUGGUUGCUUUAUAAAAUAAUUUAUAACAUACAGUGGAUGAAUUAACAGAAGAGCCGCUCAAACCAAAACCAUUAUUUAGAACCAAACAGGCAUUUUUAUGACGUAGGACCUGAUGGGGAUUUCUUGGCUUUUGCAGCUAGCCUCAAGUGGACACCGGUAUAAUUGCAGGUUUAUGUUAUCAUGCAUCAGUCUCCUUUUUCCCACACCAGCUGCUGCAGCUUGGUCAUGGCACAGCUACGUCAGCACAAAUCUGACACCUUCGACCUGACGUUUGACACAGAAAGGAAAAAAUCUUAAACAAACUGUUUGGGAAUAUUUGCAUACCACAUUUACAACUCAUAUGUCUACCCUGAUCAUACCUACUUCAGUGUUACAUUAAUCAGUAAAUGACAACAGAGCCAGUCACAGAAUAAUAAAACCACUUGUUUCAGUUCUAUUUAUGUACAGAUGGAAGUCUACUGUUGUCGUCUGAACAAAACACACUGUCACCAAGGCAACAAGUCAGCCCUGAUCCAGUCUCUUUGUAACACACACACCACAGAUACACACACACACACACUUCACACACACGGUCUGCAUAACUCCUUAGCAGACAUUCCAGGAUAUUCAUGUGAUAUUAAGUUUCAUGGAGCAUGAGAAUGAGAUCAUACAUUGAUUCUGCAGGCUUAGAACAGCCUCUUCCUCUGCUCCUUCUCUUUCUUUACUUCGUCUGUCGAAGUAACUUUCAGGUUUGGGGGCAAAGAAAUAGAAACUAACUGGGUUAACUUGGGGAUUUACCCAGUGUUGUGCUGGUCUAACUUGAUCCAGAGCGCUUCCCUGGGUGUUCAUCUGUUGGCCAUUAGAUAUGGUGAAUCUAAACCUUCCCUACCCCAUCUCUGUCCCCUGGUUUCCCAGAACUCAUUUUAAUUCCUCUUAUUCAUGCUUUUGGCCACAGCUUACAUCUGUUGCAAUAUUACAACAGAAAGGAGAGAAGCUGUACGUAGGUGGACACGCAAACACGCACAGCUUUCACACAUACACACACACAAAUCUGCUAGAUUUUGUCCAGCUGUUCAAUUGGCUGAAUCCAGAUGUUUUUCACAGUUUUCAUCUGUGAUUCAUUUGAGUUAAAUACAGUAGUAUUCUACUCCAGCUGAGAGUGGUCACAUACACACACACACGGCAACACACAGCGAAUGAAACAAAGUGACGCAGUUGGACAAAGCAAUGAAUUAACCUGAAAUGACCCUGCUGGUUUAACAACAAAACACAAACAAAAAGAAAAAAAGAGAGGAAGGAGGAGGGUGGGGGUCUGGAGGGAGGGAUAGGUACAAGUCCAGGAAGAAAGGAAAUUAUCUUAAAGACUUUGUGGUCAGAACAAGAAGAAGAAGAGGUCCAAACAAGUUCAUUAGUCAAAGAUCAAGUCAAAGGAGCUGGAAGUGUGUAUCCUUCCUCUGCACACUUCAGGAAGCACACACUCCUGCUGCACGAGAGCACAUGUGGCUGCACUCUAACCUGUUUUGUUUUACAGAUUAGAAGUUAACUUUUGCAGACUCAAUUUUUUCCCCAAAGCCAAGUGGGAAACUUCCAGAGCCAGAUGCCAAAUCCUGCACAGGUUUUAUCUGAUAUGAGUGUUAUGUUACCAGGGAAUGUGUCUUUUUUAUGCACAGUGUAUGUGCAUGUUUGUCUGACAGGUAAACUCACUGAUAAAUGGGAAAAAGCUUUGCACUUCUUGCUGGAUUUGAUUGUUGAGACUGAAAUUCAGACUCCCUCUAGGUUCACAGUACAUUAAACAUAAGAGAACAUUUAUGCUUUAAGUUAAAGCUCCCAUGAGGAAAGUUGAAGUCUUUUCACUGUGAAAUAUUCUUUUUUGUUUGAUGUUUUAGGUCAUAAAGAGGCAUCACUAUGUCAGCAAUAUCAGUCUGUUUUAUAACUAGUUAAAAACUCCUCCCUAGAGCUUGAAAUAAAUGUCUGAAGAUGAAGUAACACAGUUUUUAAAACAAGUUUAUGUUUUGGAGCAUAAAAAUUACUCAGCAAAAUUUGCAGGCCUGCUCUAAAUUUAUAUCCUUUGGUCAGGGUGCGGUCCUUAAUCUCUUUGGGGCUUCCCAAACCCAGCACACAAACUGAUGCAUCAUGAGAGCAUCACUUUGACUGAAAGAAUCACAAUUAGUGUUUUAGUAAUUGUGAAAAGCUGUAUGGGGCUACAGCACAUCCGAUUGGUGUAUUAAAUUUCUCCAAACACCCUGUGUUGUAAUCUGAUCUGCUCCUGUGUCUCAGGUGUUUACAUCUCAUGGGCCUACUGUCAUAAUGCCAACAUGGUUUUGUUCAAGGGACUGGUUCCUGAAGGUUGGACCAUUUAACGAAGGAGGCAAGGUGAGCGAUUGCAUGUAAAAAUGUUUCAGAAGCCUUCUUGUGAUGUCGCUGUUUCUCUUCUAUAAACCCUUUACAUCGAUGGCGCCAAAUGACAUGAAUCCAAACAUGACUCUAUAUUGAUUUAGCUUGCUUCCUUUAUUCAACUUUAUAUUAAAACACUAUGUUUAGAACCACUUAAGCGUAACGUAAAAGCUCAUAUUUCAUUGUAGGAUUGAAGUUGAAGUGGAAAUAGGUCUGCUGUUUUUUUCCCUCUGGCUUUGUCUUCCUACAUGGACACCCAGACCAUGGUUACAUAGAUGAAGGCUGAGUCUUAACAGCCCAAAGCUUUAGAAAUGGCUUUAUAACCUUUUUACCAGACUGAUGGAUCUCAAUUACUUUCUUUCUCAUUUGUACCUGAAUUUCUUUAGAUCUCGGCAUGAUGUCGAGCUUUUGAGGAUCUUUUGUUCUACUUCACUUUGUCAGGCAGGCCCUAAUGAAGUCAUUUCUUGAUUGAGAACAGGUGUGGCAGUAAUCAGACCUGGGUGUGGCGGGAGAAAUUCAACUCAGGUGUGAUAAAACACAGUUAAAGGUGGAGUAGGCGGGGUUCCGUUAAAGAAGCAUCUUUUUUGUGGUGUAUAUACAAAAAAGCUUUUAAUAUCAGUCAAUAGCUAUGAGUUAUUGAUGACAUUUGGGAAUAUCACAAUAUCGCUGUAUUCUCUUAUGUCUGUGUAGUCAACAUUUUAACAUUUUUGAGCAGCCCGCUUUCUCUGACCGUAAACAAAGCCAUUCUCCGCCUCCCCCAACCUGAUUGGUUGUGAGGCAGACGCUACUCCCUCAUGUUGUGAGGCACGUUCCACGUCCUCCAAUAAAGUUCUCGAGCCCCAACAAAGUUAGUAUGCUACAAAAUGGACAGCAGAAACCAACCAGAAAGUACGAAAAAUUGUCUAAAUCCUCCCCAAGCAAGAAAACAAAGUAAAUACCGGAGACUCUGGUGGAAUAACAGGUGCUUAAAAAGGUGGUAGACCGGACAAGAGCGUGAAAGCCGGGUCAACAUCAAUGAAGCAUAAACGGUGGGGGACGCUUCGGAAUCUUGGUGACCCUGUAACCUUUCUGUUGGACAGGUAAACAGCUUUAACAAAGUAAGCCAAGUGUCUGUAACAGAAGUGUUUCUUGCCAAAUGGGACCUGCUGCCUGUUGUAGCGCCACUAAACUGUUUACCUCGGGUCCUGGAGUAUGUCACUUUAUCCUAGAGGUGAAAGCCCUGCAAACAUCGUGUUUGCUGGUAGUCUGUUGGCAUCUACAUUAGCAGCAAUGCUUUUUACUUUCACGUUGACUGGGCCCCAUUUGUAUUUAUCUGAAGUAUUUAUCUGCAUUAUAUCUGAAUUUAAUUGAAACGACAUGAGCGAGCAGGAGCGUCUGUUUGUGGGCGGGGCUUGCUGGAGCAGAGACGGAGGGGAGAGGAGGAGCUGAGGGGAAAACUGGUUGAGAGGGGUAGAGUUUUCAUUCAAGAUUUCUCCCAAAAACUGGCACUUGCCCAGAUCCUGCCUACCCCACCUUUAAGUUGUGUUUUAAUAGGGGGGGCAAUCACUUUUUCACACAGGGCCAUGUAGGUUUGGGGUUUUUUUUCUCCCUUAAUAACAAUAACAAUAACAAUAACAAUAAUAACAACCUUCAUUUAAAAACUGCAUUUUGUGUUCACUUGUGUUGUCUUUGACUAAUAUCUACGUUUGAUGAUCUGAAACAUUUAAGUGUGACAAACAUGCAAAAAAAUAAGAAAUCAGGAAGGGGGCAAACACUUUUUCACACCACUGUACAUACAGUCAUGUUGUGCAGGAGCAGCUUAUGCAGCCUGCAGUUCCUAACCUCAGGCGUUAAUUAGGACUGGGCUGAAUAGUCAUUUUUGUCCACAUAUAUGUCCAUCUUCAAACCUGGAUCAAACAAUACCGUCUCCAGUAACAGAUGAGUGGAUUUCACAGAGCUCUCUGUAACCUCAGGUUUUCCUUUGUAAGUGAUAAUGUGCUCAACAUGUUCUCCUCCAAGUGAAUAACCCUUGCAACUAGUUUGAUCUUGUUAGAGUGAAAACCAAAUGAAGUACUGCCCCAUCUCUCCUCAGUUUCAGCAAAUACUCAACAUCUGCAACAAUUAUUUAACACCCGACUUCCUCCUCUGCAGGGAAUCCCAGAGGACCUACUCUUCUUUUACCAGAGUAUUCGUCGAGGAGGGGGCGUAGCCAGGGUGGAUGAGUGCCUGCUGGUGUACCGCUACCAUGAGAAGGCCGCCACACACUCUGUAACAGAGUAAGCGGCAACACGCACCCUACCCGCGCACAUACACACACACACACGCACACACACACACACUUAAAAGCUAUGCUGAUCCUCCACCUACUCACAGCUGCCCAUGGGCAUCCCAGAUUUUCUCAGGGCUCAUGCACAUAAAUAUGCAAACACACACUCACUCGCAGGCGUGUUUUUGUAAUCUUGGAGUAUGUUUUUGGAAUUCCAAAUACUUUCCCAGCAUAUGAAUCAGGGAUUUAAACCUGUUUUCUUCCCUGUGGAACAUUCAGUAUCUCUCUGACAUACUGUGUUUGAGAUGGUGUGUGUCCGUGCUCACAGAGUGAGUAAAGAGUUCCACUGCAGUGAAUGGAGAUCCCCUCUCAGUCAGGUAGACAUCACUCAAUUCUCCAAACUAAACAAAAAAGAAAACAUAUUUAAAGCAGUAUUGGAGUCUAAAUCUUCAGAUAGUUUGCCUUUUUUUUUCUCUUUCAAAAAUGACAAGAAGUAGAUGUCCACACUUCUCAGUGUAGCUUGAUGGUCCACUGUUGGUAAGGUACACAUGUAUGUGUAUUUGUUUGUGUGUGUAUUUUGAGUAUCUGAAACAUCUCACACUCAUGCAGUGGCUUGUUUUCAACAAGGCCUUGAAGUGUCUCCAGGUGUGUGUGUCUAAAAAUGUGAAAGACACCAAAGUAGAAGGUCUUUCCUUCCCCCACACAAACACUUUCUUCUCCUCUGUUUCAUACAUCCCUCCUUCCACUCCUCCUCCUCUUCUUCUUCCUUCCUCACUUCCCCCCUACGUGUGUCCACAUCUCGUAUAUCUCCCUAUGUUGACGCACUCCUUCACCCAUCAUCCUCUUCUCUGUCUUCGUCUAUCAUCUGUCUAUUUUUAGACCUCUAUUUCAAGCUGCUUCCCGCUCUUCCCCUCCUGUUGUCAUCCCUUCACACCCACAACACACCAACUUCCUCUUUAGGUCAAAUAAAACCAUCGUCUCCCUGCUGCCUUUCAAAUGUAAAUGUAAAAAGUGUGUUAGAGAUGUGAGAGGCUUGUAUUUCAGAAAGUAAAGAUGAUGUAAAACAUAAACAAGGUGAGGGUUUGUUACCCCAGAAAAACUGAACUUUGAAGUUACGUGUUUGCUCAAUUCAUGUGUAUGUGAGAAUGUAUACCAGAGUGUGGAACGUGUGUUUGCCUUUUUGAUCUGUGUGGUAUUAGACGGAUAACAGCUUCAGUGUGUGUAUACAGAUACAGUUUAUAGUAAGUCUCUGCCGAGUUUCUGCCAUGUCUUACAGUCAAAGCCUGAAUCGAGGAUCUGCAGAGACCACCCGCGUUCCACCAUGGUGGUGGGUUUGGGUUUGUUUGUCAUAUGAGGCCCGAUGUUAGACCCAGUGAGACACUCACAUCAAAAGGCAACGGUGGAGAACCCACUGUGAACAUGUCUGUACAAUUACUCAAGACUAGGACAUGAGUAUGUGUGUGUGUGUGUGUGUGUGUGUGUGUGUGUGUGUGUGUGUGUGUGUGUGUGUGUGUGUGUGUGUGUGUGUGUGUGUGUGUGUGUGUGUGUGUGUGUGUGUGUGUGUGUUUGUGGAGGGGGGGGUUGUGGGAAAGGUUAAGAGCAUGAGUGGAGCGCAAAGACAUAUAUCUGAAUGUAAAGUUGUGUCUCAAUGUGUGUGUGAGGCCUGUGUACAGCUGUGUGUAUCAGUCAAAGUGCAGACAUCAAGAGAAAAAAGCCUUUUCCAAAGAGCCUCGAUGUGAGCACUCACAAGAAAACGGUCAUUUAUCAAGUUCUAUCCUGGUUAUCUGUAUGAUAAUCUUUGAUUUUGUUCAGUAGUGUUAACUCUUACAACUACUGCAAUCUGGAAAAUAUGUUAAAAAUAAUGAGCUCGAUAUGUUUGUCUUGAAAUGAAUCAGGACAUCUCAGUUUAUGCUACAAUAUAAAAAAUAUGAUGUUUCCAAGUUUAACAAGACACUAAAUCAGGCCGACUAAGAAAAACGUAUAUCUAAGUUUGCUUCACCACCUCAAUCAGCAAACAACACAGAGCAUAUGUUAAACUUUUUUAGUUAGGAGUAUGGGGGACCAAAAAUUAUAGUUAAUAAUUAGAAGUAAAUAAAUAAAUGAAUCGAUAAAUGCAGAAAUAAAUGAAUGAAUAAUUAGGAGGAAUGUUGUUUUGGCCAUGUUGAAGCACUAAGUGUAAAUAAUAUGUCAUAUAAGUUACAAUGCAGAAGAACAUUUCCAUUUGUUGUGGCCAUUUUUUUUUUAUUGUUUUAAACACUAACAUUAAAAUCCUCAUGUUUUGAGUUACCCCUCAAUGAAAAUGGUAAAUUUAGUAUUAAAUUGACCCACAAUAGAUUCAUUAUACUUAAGUCAAAAAGAAGUACAAACUGUGGAAUAAGAGGGACAAUUUAAGAUUAAUAAAUCAAUCAAUUUUAAAUCUGUGUCAGGAAGUGCUUCUUAAGUUCAUAUCAACCUCUUCAGAGAUGUCUAGAGUUUAGCUAAAGAGCAGGGGUAAUUUAUAGGUAGCAGGUUGUUCUAACAGGAAAACCCCUGGGGGGUGAGACAGGACCCCUUGGCUACUGGAUCAGUUUCCUAUUAAGCUUUACGAAAAUUCUUACGUGAGAAUUAUCGACUCUUCUUACUGGUUCAUCUGUUUUCAACAAAGUGGAACAGUCUGACUCCAAAAGCAUAUGAAGUGACGUCCACACCCAUAUGAUGUACACUGAACAAAAAUAUAAACACAACAAAUCUCUUAAAUAUUGUUGAGAAAUUUUUCUAAAUCUGUGUUAGUGAACACUUCUCCUUUGCUGAGAUAAUUCAUCCACCUCACAGGUGUGGCAUAUCAAGACGCUGAUUAGACAGCAUGAUUAUUGCACAGGUGUGCCUUAGACUGGCCACAUAUAAAAGGCCACUCUAAAAGGAGCAGUUUUAUCAUACAGCACAAUGCCACAGAUGUCACAUUUUUGAGGGAGUGUGCAAUUGGCAUGCUAACUGCAGGACUGUCCACCCGAGCUGUUACCCGUGAAUUGGAUGUACAUUUCUCCACCAUAAGCUGUCUCCAAAGGUGUUUCAGAGAAUUUGACAGUACAUCUAACCAGCCUCACAACUGCAGACUAUGUGUAACCACACCUGCCCAGGACCUCCACAUCCAGCAUCUUCACCUCCAAGAUCGUCUGAGACCAGCCACCCAGAUAGCUGCUGCAACAAUUGGUUUGCAUAAUCACACAAUUUCUGUACAAACUGUCUGAAACUGCAUGUUCGUCGUCCUCAUCGGGGUCUUGACCUGACUGCAGUUCGUCAUCAUUAGCGACUUCAGUGGGCAAAUGCUCACAUUCGAUGGCAUCUGGCACUGUGGAGAGGUGUUCCCUUCAUGGAUGAAUCUCGGUUUUCACUGUACAGGGCAGAUGGCAGAAAGCAUGUUUGGCAUCGUGUGGGAGAUGUCAGUGUUAUGAAUCAAGUGGCUCAUGGUGACAGUGGGGUCAUGGUAUGGGCAGGUGUAUGUUAUGGACAACGAACACAGUUGCAUUUUAUUGAUGGCAUUUUGAAUGCAUAGAGAUACCGUGACAAGAUCCUGGGUCCCAUUGUUGUGCCAUUCAUCCCUAACCAUCAUGAUAAUACACGGCCCCAUGUUGCGAGGAUCUGUACACAAUUCCUUGAAGCUGAAAACAUCCCAGAUCUUGCAUGGCCAGCAUACUCAUCGGACAUGUCACCCAUUGAGCAUGUUUAGGAUGUUCUGGUUCAGUGUAUAAGACAGCCUGUUCCAGUCCUGCCAAUAUCCAGCAACUUCACAAAACCAUUGAAGAGGAGUGGACCAUCACUCCACAGGCCACCAUCAACAACAUGUGUUGCACUGUGUGAGGCAUAUGGUGGUCCCACCAGAUUCUGACUGGUUUUCUAAACCCCCCAGAUACCCCCAAUACAGUAAAACUGUAAAAAUUAGCAUCUUGAUAUGCCACACCUGUGAGGUGGACAGAUUAUCUCAGCAAAUGAGGAGUGUUUACUAACACAGAUUUAGGCUACGUUCACACUGCAGGUUAUGAUCCACAAUUCAGAUUUUUUGUUAAAUCUCUUUGUGCGGUCGUUCACAUUACAACAAUGAAUGCGGCAUCUAAUGUGUACGAACGCGUCCAUGUAGUGACUUGCAUACGCACAAAGCAGGACGUGACGCUGUUCUCCGUUCCCUUGUCCGCCAUUGCUUUCUGCGCCUGUUUGUGUUGUCGAACAAUGGUGAUGUUUGUUGCAUAUUGAUGACGUAUAGGUCGGAUGAACGCAACCUGAGCGUCCACACUGCAGUCACAUCGGAUACAUAUCAGAUUUAUAUCCACAAACAAAAGAGGCCUGGGUCGGAUUUGAAUCUGAAAAAAUCUGAAUUGCACUGUUCACACUUACAUGAAAAAAUCAGAUUGUGUCACAUAUGGUUAAAAGAUCCGAAUUGACCUGCAGUGUGAACAUAGCCUUAGACACAUUUGUAAACAAUAUUUGAGAGAAAGAGGUCUUUUUUUGUACAUAGUUAAAGUCUUCGAUCUCGAGUUCAGCUCAUGAAAAAUGGGAGAAAAAACAAAAGUGUUGCAUUUAUAUUUUUGUUCAGUGUAUAUGAGGGCAACGCUGCUCAACUGCUCAACUGAGCAGGACCAAAACAUCGAAAGUAGGCUUGUGGAGGGGGGACCUUAAAGAGACAGCAGCCAAAAAGAAGCAAAAAUGAUUAUAUUUUAAUCCACCACUGUGAGAAAUUUGUGGAUUUGCAGGUUAUCUGUUGGUUUAUAUGUUGUAUUUAAAUGUGCAGCAGGUUUCUUUCAUAGUCCCGUGCAUUACGCUCCUGACUUACUUUAAACCAAACUUGGACCCACAAAAAGCAAAAUAGGACUAACAUUUUCAGCAUGUCAUACAGUGUACAGGCAGAAAGGAGUAAGUAUUAUAAACCACGUCAGAUAAAUGCAUCUAUUUCAGGCCUGCAGGCAGCUGCUCUCAUUUUCUACUCGUAUAUUUCAAAAGUUUGAAUCCACCCUCUGAUCCUCUCCUUACUGUCUUGGUUUCCAGGGAGACCAUUUGGAGGCUGCGAGUAGACUUCCUGCAAGAGAGAGUUCUCAGCCAAUGGGAGAGCUUCACCAUAUGGAAUGCUGGGAAACAGGGCCGGAAACUGUACCGAUGCCUGAACCCGAUCAACCAGAAGAAAGUAGGUUUUCUGGAGCAUUUAGGAGUUUAAAAGACGUUGUUCCUGUUUCUUAGUGCCAUUUUGAUUUAUGCAUCAGGUGAAGGCUUUCUGUGACGUAGAUGAGAACAAGAUUCAGAAAGGUUAUUAUACCUACGAGGAGUCCAAGGUAAGAUUAACCAUUUUACUAGACAUUAUAUUUGUUCAAGCUUCCAGUAAUGAAAUGUGAUUCAUGUGUUUCCCUUUUUGUUCAUGUCUCCCCAGCAAAGACCUAAGUCGAAAAUCCCAAUCCUACACUAUAGAGACGCCUCCGCCCCUUUCAUUAUCUGUGUGAAACUGGUGAGCUAAACGCGUGUUUGUGUGUUGUAUGUUUGCUGUUUCUGACCGCCUGUCCCUCAGGUCUGUAAUCUAAGUUAACAACAUAAUGACACAGGGCGUGUGCCUGGCACAGGACGUAACACACACACGUACACUCUGGCACAUACACAGAGGGUCAUCAGGAAAUGGGUCGAGACAGCAGCCUGAUCUUUGAUCACAUGAUGUUUGUACAAACGUCAGAUGUUUUUGCUACCUUUCUGUUUUGUACAUUUUUUAUUGAAGUUUUCAAACCUACUGCUCUGCCAUCCCCUUAGAUUACCAAGUGUAGUUUUUAUGCAUUCAUGGACAACUAAACAUGCAUACACCAACACAAACACACACAUAUUUGGUGAUUCUGGCUGCUAAUUCACUCAUUGCCCAUCUACCACCUCACCAGACUCAGACAUCAGAUCUAAAGUGACCCCACCUAUGGGUCCUGCUAAUUGCUCAAUUACAGAAAUUGGAAGAAGUAAUCACAGUCAGAGGACAAGCAGACCUGGACUCACUCACCCUCUUUCUCUCUUGUUCUUUUUGACUCACACACUAACACACACAAACACCUUGAUUCCAUCACAUAAGCUUUUUUCUAUAUCCAUACAUCAAAAAAUGGCAACUUUUAAUCUUGAACUUUUUUACAGUUAAUGCAGAAGUUCUGCUGCUGAGUCCUGAUGUCUUUGACCUGUCUUAUAAACCUUUACUUUACUCUGGUUUACUUAAACAUGACAAAACUUCCUAAAAAAUACACAGCAAUCGAAGAGUUUAAGAGCAAAUGAUCUUUGCUGCAUUCUUUUUGUGUAAAAUUUUCCUCCCAUUCUCUGUUUUUGUUUUUCUUCCGUAGGACAUGACAGGAGGCGUUCUGGAAGAAAACCUCAACUCUUUGCAGCUAAAGGAAGGAAGAGAUUACUACCAUUUCAACUGACUGCUCAGAGCAGCAGGGAGGAUAAGAGCAGCCCAGCAGCUUUGAUAGUUUCAGAUGAGAGGAAUGCAGAGGAUUACUGAAGUAUUCGUGCACAAAUACACAAACUGAGCAAUUGGCAGGUGAUAUCAGGAGGAGAAUGAAGUGAACAUUGAGACAGAGAACUGAUCAUAUCAAGGAAGAAGAGACAGAGUGGGUGACAACAUGUAUCAACCAUGGACGGAGUGUCGGUGACUAUCCUGAUUGGUUUCAGUCAAGGCGUUGAGAAGCCUAAUAUCAGCAAAAUGAAGACUUCAACGAACUUAUAUCCAAUCUGGAAAUCUGCUAGAAGAUGGAGCUGAGCAUGUAGUCCUGCUGAGGGCUACAACACACAAAGCUGGUCAAUUCUGCCAAAUCUCAAAAGAUUAAACUUCUUAUGCGUAACUCUCAACAAACGAAAAGUUACUGAAAUGUAACUUCGUUAAACCAGGCUGUAAACACAUUUACUCAGGUAUUUUAUGGGCUGUAAUGGGGCUUCCUUAGAUUCUUGGUUUAGUAAAAAUAUAUCAUCCCAAUUGAUAAAAAUGGAUGCCACAGCAGAUUCAACUCAUCCUCCAGUAGCAGAAGCUGCCAUCUUGGUUGUUUGGGAAUAUGCUGAGGUAGUGUUUCAGUGACGUCAUUUGAAAUAAAGGAUUGUAUUUGGUCCAGUAUAUAUGACAUUAAUGGUAAAAUGUUGAGUAUGGCAGCAGAUGUAGACCCACAUGCUAGAGAAAAUGACUGUGAGCUGACUGAUGGGUCUGGAAAGGCAAAAGUAUUUGUGCUUUUCGAAUUAAAACUGUAAAAGCUUGGACAUGCUUAUUUAAGAAACCAUAAACUGACAAUAAGUCAGAAGGAAGAGGGAAACAGAAAACGUGGAUGGAUGAUUCACUGAGUUGAGUCCACUGAGAAUAGCCUGUGUGUGUACUAACUUCGUCACUGAGUGCUCAAGCUGUAAAGACUCAUGACUAUUAAACCUUGAGGUGGGCGGCCAAGUCCACGCCUUUACUUAAAGCGUUAAUGAAACAUUUUUUUUAAAUCUGUAGACGGUGUCACAGCUAUUGUCAAUCAAAUUUAUUUGUCUUUUUAAUAUUGUUUUAAUAUUACAACAGCAAGGGUUAUACACCUUUAUGUGUUACUCUUUAGAGGAAACAAACUCCACAAGAAAAGACAGUAACCAAUGUUGACCAUGAAAAGAAUAAAAUAUUCUUAUUUUUUCAUCUGCAGUAGUCUGAGAAUUUUAUGGACCAUAAUUAAGACUUAAACAAUUACAUAUUAAUGUUAAAUAUGGGGUUAUGUCAGAUUAUCACCAAAGCUGACAAAGGUGGUACAUUUCAUGAGUGGGAUCACAGCACUGAUGUGUUAACAGUCCUCCCUGAUGCAUCUUUGCCAAAUUAAAUACUCACAGAUACAUCUGCUUCAAACAUGGAUACUGCACAUGUUUGUUUUUCAUUCCCUGGGUCUCUUAUGAAAUCUUAAGAACAAUAACGUCUUUAAGAGAGCACAGUUCUGAUACAUAAACACACCCAAAAAGUUUAUUUUACCUCACAGAGUGUGGGUUUUUUUCUACACAAAGGUAAACAGACCUUUCUCCACAAACUCCCCCCCUGUAGUUUCCUGGAUUGGCAACGUGGUCCGCUUUACUGUAAAUGUGGCCGCAGCAUUUUGUAGGGAAACAACAGCAGCAACAACUCUAGAGAGUGGGCUCUUUUAUAUCCAUUACCUUUGUUUGUUAACAGUGGAUCAAACACACUUUCACAGCAGUGUGCAGAUGCAGAAUCACUGUACCAUAUUGAAUGUAUUGUGUUUGAUGAAUAAGAGGACUGUUUGGAUAUGAUUCAGCCUGAGGUUUAUGAAGUCCAGCCCUCUGCUCUGCCACCCACAGUCCAGUGCUGUGCGGAGUCUGGGAAAAAUAUCACAUCCACUUAGCACCCAGUCUCCACCGGGAUCCUACACUCCUCUGUUUGUACACACAAACACUCAAACAAGAAGGUGUCAUCCUCAGAGAUGUGUUUCUUUCCAGUAUGCCAGUUUCCAUGAAGUAGUGUGUAUAUUGUUGAUCAGCUAUUUUCUUCAAUCAGGAGGCAAUCAAAGUGCACAUAUCCACCUCUAUGCUCUUUAAAUUUAAGGUGGAGUAAUGGCGUGUGCUUUUUCUUACUGGGUGAUUCAAAGCUCCUGUGAGGAACUCAUUGUUUGUGGUGAUUAUAGCGCCCCCUGUGGACAAAGCUGUGCCUCUUAUCUUGUUGCUAAUCUUGUUCAAGGCUAGUUUAAAUAAUGUUUUCCCCCCAAAAAAAGCACACCCUGCUUUUUUGUAACAGUUAAAUUAUCACUGACUACAUCUGUGUAAAGAAGAAACUCAAAAUCCUUUUUUGUCAAUCAUCUGGCACCACAGCCACUCCCCUAACAAUAGUUACCGCUGUUCAAAAUGGUGAUAUAUGGAUUGUCAGUCAUGUUGCUUUUGCAGGUCAGAUAUAGGCAUCAUUCCAAAUGUGAGUCUGUUUUUUAUAACCUUUUAUAAAACUCCUAAAUUAAAGAGUUGGGUUUUAACUAAAUGUCACAAAAGACUCAGAAACAAAGUACGUCCUUCAUGAUCAAGAAAUUUACACAUCAAACUAUUUACUUUGUUCUGUUUUUCUCAUGAAAUUCAAAAAUCCAUUUUAUUAGUUGUUUGACUCAACCAAAACAUUUAUCUUUGAGGCUUCAUUGUUUCCUCCAGAUUUCAUCCUGUUAUCAGUCUCAUAAUGGCAGUAAAUUAAAAUAAUGAUCUCUGUCAUUGAGGUCAGUCCACCAAUUUGAUUCAGAGUGAAAUAACAUUCAUCUGUUUGCCUCUAAAUUGGGUGUGUAUUCCUAAAGAAUCCAUGCAACUUUUAAGCAACAGGUUGACUGUUAUUACCCAAAAUAUGUCAUUAUCUACCAUAGCAUCUGCUGUGUUAUUGGGUAAGGACAUUUAUGGCUUUGUUGUAAUGCUAAUUUGAGGUCAAAUACGUCUGCUGUACCUUUGUUUUUGAUCCUGUAAUAUCAGGACCACCAGUGUGACACUUAACAAAGUGAUGGAGUGCGUAUUACCGUUGUAAGACUGCGAACAAAGUAAGCAUUAAUCUUUCUAAAUUUAAUAUGCUAACAUAAAUAUUGAAUUUUUCCCUGGAGAUUGAUUAAGUUCUUUGUCUUUUUCUUCUUCUUAAGCUGUGUCCAGAUCCACACUAACAUACAACUCACUACACACUUAAAUAGCGUGUAUUUGACACUGCCUACAAACUCAGCAGUUCUAAUGUUACUGACAACUACUAAAGCACAUUUUUCUUGCUCUGAGGUGUUAUUAAUGUAAUGUUUCUGGUAAAAGCUAUAAUGACUAAUAUGUUACCAUCUAUCUUAGACAUCAACAGCAGAGAUAUUGGCUACAUUAAAGCUACAUAGUUAUUCAGAUACAUUUUUAGCAAAUGUUUUCUUCCAUUUGGACAGGUUGUGUUCAUUGUUGUCUGGUUUGAAGAGCUACGAUGCAUUUAAGGCAGUGAAGUCUGACUAAUGAGCGUGUCUCAUACUUAACAAUUCUGGUCUAUCCAUAGUCUGUUUGUUAAAGACCCACUCCAAUGAAAAUCACAUGUUUCUUCUUUUUUACAUAUUCAUAUGGCAUUUUUUUCUGAUGCUACAGGACAUAUGAGAAAAAUAAGUGUGAAAUUGCAUUUCUGAGUAUUUCUGCAUUCGAAUCGCUAUGAAUCUCUGGCAGGCCCAAACUGCAAGUUCAAGCACAGGUUCCUACAUAGCAAAUCCAAGCUCUGUCCCCAGAGCCCUGCUAUGCAGGCCAGACCCUUAGAAAUACAGUGGACGCUUGCGGAUCAAGUGUUAGCGUUAGCGGAAUUAUGAUAUUAACUUUCAUCAUAUUCCCAAAGAUAUUGGUGUCUGAGAGCUGAAUAGCUCCUAUGUUACCUGCCACUUCUACUACACCGGCAAUGUUAGGCUACAAGCUAGUGUGAAGAGGAGUGUGCAGAGCAGCGCUGUCUCCGCCCAUGACUCAGAGGCGAAUUGCUGAUGAGCCACUGGAGCUCUGCAGAAAAAAAGCUCUCGAAAACAAAGGUAAUGUGAUUUUGGCCAAACUUCAUAAUCACAAUUUAAAGACCACUGAUAACACUUUAAGUAGUAAAAAAAACAAAAACAAUUGGAGUAGGACUUUAAAAUCGUAAAUCAAAUGUUAGCUAACUUGGAAGCCAAAAUAUUCAGAGCUUCCGAUUACAAUGUAGAUCCACCUCCUCCAUGUUAAUAAAUUGAAUGGGAUUAAUGAAAUAAAGUCAUAACCCAUGUCAUACAUUUUUUUUUUGGCAUUGACUCUGUUAUUUUAGUUCUUAUCAUGCUGAUUUGUGUUCAUUUUUGCAGGACGUUUUAUUAAAAAAGUGAUGCUGUGCAAAAGAUAUUUUGCUGCUUGAAAGUUUGGAAGUCUCAUGUUCCCAUCAGACUUUAAAAAAAUUGUUAUGUUUGCAUCGAAUAAGGAAUGUUUUACUUUAUGUGUAUUCUAAAGUAAUGAUUUUACAUAUUUGGGUUUUGUUUCACAUAGUUUCAUAUGGUCUGUGUGAUUUAAAUGUACGCUUAUUGUCUGCACUAGUAUGUAGUUUAUUUUGAACUGGUGGAUUUAAUGAGUGGGGUUUACUGAUUUUGAGACAAAAUAUUUGCAUGCAGACUAAUCCAGUAUAUGUACGUUCAUACUUAGUGUGACGCCAUACUGAGUAUAAACAGUAUGAUAGCUUGUGGUUUCAGACUUAGCCAUUGUCAUACAUGCUGUGCUGAAACUUUUUUCGCUUUAACCCCUCAUCACUUUUCUUCAUUGAACAGACACUAACUGUUAUCAGCUCUGCACACCAGGCCUGUUUCAAAAUACUUGAAUGAAUCAGCAAGUUUGACAGCAGUUUGUGGCUUCUCUUGGUUAAAAUAUCUGCUCUCAAUAAGCAAUAAGGUGUCUUGGAUGGAUGUCCACCAAAUGGACACUGUAUAUUUUAAAGUGCUACAAACCACAGCGGUGUGUUAAAGUAAGACCACACUGCUGUCUAAAUGUGUGCUGUCCUCUUUACC